CCGAAAAGCAAUCAUCCGCCCCUGAACCUGGAAAACACUCUUCCUACAUGGCUUUGAGAUCCCCAUUUCGUUCGUCUUCAGUCUCUCGAAACCCAUCUCUGAAAGCUAAUAUUUCAUCUUUGUUAGCUCACUUACACAACCUCACAACUUCAAGCUCCAAUAAUGAAGUUUUGUAUUCUUUCGAAAAACGCCUUGAACGAUCCUCACUUGCUAAAUUCCUCGAAGAAAAUUGUCGAUCAGGUAACUUUACCCUGAAUGAAGCAUUGUACUUUUUCUAUUACAUGAUUAAUUCGCAACCCAUUUUUCCAAUUUCAUCAUUCACUACUUUGUUUAGUGCACUUGCAAAGAAAAAGCAUUAUUAUGAAGUGCUUUCGCUCUAUAAGUGGUUGAAUUCAAUUGGGUUGUCUCCAGAUUUAAUGUCUUUGACCGUUUUGAUGGAUUGCUUGUGUAAAAUUGAAGGGGUUUCUGAUGGUUUUGCGGUUUUUGGGGAGAUUUUGAAGAAGGGUUUCAGCCCAAAUGCUGUGAUUUUUAAUUGUUUGAUCAAAGGUUUGUGUGUAGAGAGAGAUUGUGGAGUCGAUGGAAUUGUUUCAGAAAAUGGUUGCUGCUGGUUGUAGGCCUAAUGUGAUCAAUUACAACACUUUGAUUGAUGGAUCGUGUAAAACGGGGAAGAUAAGUGUUGCCAUUAAGUUGCUUGAAGAGAUGGUUAAUGGGAAUAAAAAAUCUGGUAUUAUUUGUAGGCCCAAUGUUGUUACUUAUAAUACUAUAAUUGAUGGUCUUUGUAAGUCUGGAUUAAGUGAGAAGGCUAGAGAAUUGUUUUUGAAAAUGAAGGGUUCUGGAAUCAGUCCAGACACAGUCGCUUAUACCACUCUAAUUCAUGGUUUUUGUUGUGUGGGUGAUUGGGAGAAGGGUAGAAGUUUAUUUAUUGAAAUGAUAGAUCAAGGUGUGCAGCCUUCUGUGGUGACGUUUAGUGUGCUCAUAGAUGAACGUUGCAAGAAAGGGAAAUUGCACGAAGCAAAUAGGUUGUUGGAGAUUAUGAUUCAGAGAGGUGUGGUUCCUGACGUUUAUACUUACAGCAUUUUAAUGAAUGGAUUGUGUAAAACAGGGAAGAUAAGUCCUGCCAUUAAGUUGCUUAAAGAAUUGGCCAAGGGAAAUGAAGAAUCUGGUGUUAUUUGUAGGCCAAAUGUUGUUACUUAUAGUACUAUAAUUGAUGGUCUUUGGAAGGCUGGAUUAGUUAAGAAGGCGAUAGAAUUGUAUUUCGAAAUGAAGAGUUCGGGAACUACUCCAAACGUAGCCACUUAUAACAUUUUGAUCAAUAUGCUUUGUAACAAUGGACAACUAGAAAAGGCAAAUGAGUUGUUGUCACAUAUGGAGGAAAUAGGUUGUGCUCCAGAUAUAAUCACAUUUACUACGCUCAUGUUCGGUUUGCUCAAGAAUAAUAAGAUACCACAAGUUGUUGAACUCCUUCAUAAGAUGGUGGAGAGAAAUGUGAAGCCAACUGAAUGUACAAUGUCCUUAGUCAUGCAGUUACUAAUGAAGGCUGAAAAUUAUCGUGAAUGUUUGAACCAGCUUCCUCAAUUUCCGGUCCAAAAGCGAAAUUGAAGUUUACGUGAUAAAACUUUAGUGAGUAUUAUACUUUUUCUGGAGUAGGAUCCUGCAAAAGUUCAUCCAGCUGCCCAAAUGAUCUACUUUGGUUACAGUAAGAAAAAAGUUCAGAAAACACUUUCAUCUGUUCGAAUUUGAUAGGGAGGGUGAUGGGGAUGAUUGAGAAUGAUGGCUUCUCUGAUAAGACAUACGAUACGUGAUCUGUCUCUGUUUUAAGUGCAAAUAGUGCAGAUGGCAGCAUUGCAGGCCGCAUCAGCGUUUGCACAUGAAGUAGGUCUUUAAGGGUCUGAGGAUUAUUUCUGGUGCAAAUUUCAGUAAGCAGAAGUUGUAUCUGAGAAAUUGUUGAAUGGUUCUUUUUUCAACUAUGACAAUAAUGGUAGCCGCUUAAGUGCAAAGGAUGAGAAAUUUUGUUAUACAAACCUGUUUUCAACUAGGUUUUGCAGUGAAAUAACCGGAAUGGUGACAUUGCAGGAGACUGUGAAUGAUUUUUGACCAAAGUGACCAUUUGGAGAGAAAUGCCUGCCAGUUUGUGCAAGUUACAGGCACCCAGAGAACCUCAAGCGUGAAUGCAGAAAUCCUCCUUCAUGUUUCGAAUAUUGAAAAAGAGAUAUUGAUCAGAAAGUUGUUGGAUGAUGACUUUACUAAGGUGGGGCUUGGUCAGAAGGCUGGCAUUCUGCAUAAGGAUAUAACAAAACAUUGGAUUGCUAGAGAGCUGGUUUUGUUAGAAAAUUACAUUGAUCAAGCAAAUGAAAGGAAUUGCGUGGAAGAAAAUCAUUUAAUGAUGUAGUUUUUCAUACAAAAUUAGACUAUUACCAAACUGAAACAACAGUUUGUGUAAGCAGAAAGUAAUCAUUGGAAUGUUUGAGAGAAAGGAUGCCAAAUAGUGGAUUGCUUGUUGCCGCUUGAGACUUCAUCAGAACAAUUGUGGCUAUUGAAUCAGGUUCCGGAAGUAAUUGCAGACACUCAAGUUCCUUAACCUGCCUACAAGGACAGUAAAACAGAAGAAGAGCAUGAUGUUGGCUCACUUGAAUCAGCCCUCCGAACAACUGAAAAUCCUGGCUCUAAUCUUGAAGACAAUGGAAUUGCUUGCUGCUCAAGUGAUAUAAUAGAUGUUGCAGCUCCACCAUUAGAACCCUUGACUAGUAUCUUUGAGUCUGAUCAAGAAGAAGCAACUGUCGAUGAGACAACGGAAGUCAGGACCCUUUUAGUUGAGGAAACCGCCGAUGAGCCUGCAAUGGCAUUGGAACCAGGACUAGCUUCCAUUUCUUCUUCAUUCCAAGACCAAGAUUCUGCUCCCUCAGUACAACCGACUGCACCUCCUUUAACCAUGAUUCCUUCCCUCCCAGAUAAUUCUGCUAAAUCUACAGCAUCUUUGCCAACUUCUCCACCAGAUAUUUCCAACAUUUUUUUGAUCCCUUUAGUAGCUCCACAUCCCUCUUUUCAAGCUUCUGCCGGAAGCCAUGCUAGCUCUUUACCUUCAACCAAUCUAGAGAGUGAGGGCGCUGCACAAGAUUCAUUCUCGACUAUAGGUGAUGCUUGAGACUCCAUCAGAACAAUUGUGGUUGUUGAAUUAGGUUCCAGAAGUAAUUGCAGACACUCAAGAUCCUUAAUCUGCAUACGAGGAUGGUAAAACAGAAGAAGAGCAUGAUGUUGGCUCACUUGAAUCAGCCCAAUGAACAACUGAAAAUCCUGGUUCUAAUCUUGAAGGCAAUGGAAUUCCUUACUGCUCAAAUGAUAUAAUAGAUGUUGCAGCUAAAUUUUCCAGGCUCCUCCUUGUGUGAAUUAGUUUGUAUAUAAGAUUAUCCAAACUGCUUCUUUCUUGAAAACAGCUCCACCAUUAGAACCCAUGACUAGUAUCUUUGAGUCCGAUCAAGAAGCAGCAACUUUUGAGGAGGCUGCAACGAAGGAGAAAGAGGACCUAAGAAAGCAACUUCAGCAGAAAAAUGAAUGUAUUGCUUCUUCAUAGGAACAAGCCAGGAGUCUUGCGGAAUCAUUGUGAACAUCCAAAAAUGCUCUGAGUCAAUACAAUCAUAGAUUUGAUGCCUUGGAGAAGGAUAAGCAAAAAUGUGAUAACAUCAUGAAUGACAUUGAUGCCUCUUGGGAUAACUUCGAAGUGGAGAUCUCAAAGCUAAUAUGAGACUAAUACCAUACUUUCCAAGAGUGAUUGUUGUAACCCUUUUUUUUUUUUUUUUUGGAUGAUGCUUUUUUGGAGAUUAGUGAGUGCAUCAACCUUAUAACUUUGCCAAAAGGUUUUCGAGGUUUGAAUUUGGGGCGAUCCCUUUCCAUCAAAAAAUUCAAAGCUUGGAAAUCCACAGCUGCCUGCUUUCGAAAAUUUGACCGGAUGGAUUGGAAACCUUUAUGGUCUUACUUUUUCAGCAUUAUCAGAUUGUCAUGGCAUAGUUUCACUCCAGAAGGACUGCAUCUUUUGACUAGCCUCCAACAUGUAUCCAUCUGGGAAUGUCCAAGGCUUGAAAAUCGCUGCCGGAAAAAUCUCACCAAGGAUUGGUCGAAAAUUGCUCGCAUUCCACAUAUCUACAUUGGAUCAACUGAACCUAAGAAAUACAAUAAUGCAAGCAGCUCAUCUUGUUGAUAAAUGGUUAAAAGCAAGAGUUUCUUAAGGUCAUCAUCAUUGAUUGAGGUGUGUAAACUUGAAUUUAGUAUUUGGCUUUUUGCUUCCUCUGCAGAAACUUAGGGGAUAAAGUUGUUUUUCUCUCUUUUCUACUCAGGUUUUCCUUGUAAUUUUCGUUGCGUUAGACACAUUACGUUUGAGCCCAUGGUUAGAUCUUAGGAAAGUUUUGAAGAUGGAGAAGAACUAUUGAAAGAGGAAGAACACAUAAUUUGAAGAUGGUGCUGGCAAUAUGGUCAGACACGUUAUAGGAGACAGUGGUUGGACAGCCCCCAUGGCCAGUGUUUUUUUAGA